AUGGCGACCUCAGCGGUUCAGGCAUCCGGUGCCAACAGCUCCUUCAAGGACAAGGAGAAGCCCAUGGCCGUGCGGGCCUCCAACAUUAUGGCAGCUCGGGCUGUCUCCGAUGCUAUCCGCACAUCAUUGGGACCCAGGGGUAUGGAUAAGAUGAUCCAAACAGCCAAGGGCAACACCAUUAUCACCAACGAUGGAAACACCAUGUUGAGAGAUAUGAGCGUGAUGCACCCCGCAGCCCGCAUGCUGGUCGAUUUGAGUGCUGCACAAGAUGUUGAGGCUGGUGAUGGAACAACUUCAGUUGUUGUUAUUGCUGGCAGUCUCCUCGGCGCUGCUGAACGUUUGCUGUCCAAGGGCAUCCACCCCACCGUCAUUUCCGAGUCCUUCCAGCGUGCUGCCAGCGCCGCUGUCGAGAUCCUCCACAACAUGUCCCGCCCUAUCAACCUGUCCGACCGUACCACCCUCCUCCAAGCUGCCUCGACCUCUCUCUCCUCGAAGAUUGUCUCCCAGCACUCUGGUUUGCUGGGCCCUAUGGCCGUCGACUCCGUGUUGAAAGUUUGUGACCCCAAGACUGCUGAGAACGUGGACUUGCGAAACAUCCGGAUUGUGAAGAAGGUCGGCGGAACUAUUGAGGACAGUGAGAUGAUUGAUGGUUUGGUCUUGAACCAGCCCGUCAUCAAGAGCAGCGGUGGCCCCACAAGAAUUGAGAAGGCCCGGAUAGGUCUCAUUCAAUUCCAAUUGAGCCCUCCUAAGCCCGAUAUGGAGAACCAGAUUGUCGUGAACGACUACCGCCAGAUGGACAAGAUUCUGAAGGAGGAGCGCCAGUACCUGCUCAACAUGGUUAAGAAGAUCCAAAAGACCAAGUGUAACGUGCUUUUGAUCCAGAAGUCCAUUCUGCGUGACGCCGUCAACGACCUUUCCUUGCACUUCCUGUCUCGCCUGAAGAUUCUCGCCAUCAAGGAUAUCGAGCGUGAUGAGGUUGAGUUCCUGUGCAAGUCUCUUGGCUGCAAGCCCGUCGCCAAUGUCGACUCUUUCACCGAGGACAAGCUCGGUACUGCCGACCUUGUCGAGGAGGUUCAGGCUUCGGGUGCCCGUUACGUCAAGAUCACCGGCAUUAAGUCCCCCACCACUACCCCCACCAACCAGACAGUGUCCAUUGUCGCCCGCGGUGCCAACAACCUGAUUCUGGAUGAGGCCGAGCGAUCCCUGCACGACGCUCUGUGUGUCAUUCGUUGUCUCGUUAAGAAGCGCGCCCUUAUUGCCGGUGGUGGUGCUCCUGAGGUUGAGGUGGCCCACACCCUUGCCAUGCGGGCUCGCGAGCUCACAGGUACCGAGUCUAUCUGCUGGAAGGCCUUCGCCGAUGCGAUGGAGGUUAUCCCCACCACUCUUGCCGAGAAUGCUGGUUUGAACUCGAUCAAGGUUGUUACUGAGUUGCGUCACCGUCACGCCCAGGGUCAGCACAACGCUGGUGUCAGCAUCCGCAGCGGAGGUGUCAAGGAUGAUAUCACCGAGGAGAACAUUCUGCAACCCCUGUUGGUCAGCACCAGUGCCAUUGAGCUGGCUGCUGAGACCGUGAAGAUGAUCAUGAGAAUUGAUGACAUUGCUCUGUCGCGGUAA